AUUUGCCACGAUGCGCGUGAGGGUUUGCCACCUGCUGCUGGCCCUCGCCAUUUCUCUCAACCUGCUCUUCAUGUAUUACUUCAUGAGAGAGAGCGGUCGAACAAAGGCGGCGCUGGAAGGCAGGGGCGGCGGACGGGCCGGGGCGAGGUCAACCGCCAGCCGAGGCCUCCCCGUGCGAGGGACCUCGGACACGCCGAGGGGCGGGACGGCUCGCCAGCACGGCGAGCGUGGCCAGCGCCGCGAGGGGGGCGGCCCCGGGGGGGCCUCCGGCCCGCCGAGGCGCCCGGGCGUGGUGGUGCUGCUGCGGGAGUUCGAGGAGUUUGAGAACAGCGUGGGGGAAACGGCGCGGGGUCUCCUGGCAGACGGAGGCCCCGAGCGGGAGGUGCUGGUGCUGUCGGACCGCGACCCUUACCCGCCCCUCGCCCUGCCGCCAGGAGCACGCCUGGUCGCGUUGUCGGGCCACCCUGAGCGGGCCGUUGCCGAGGCCAGCCCCGAGCGCCUGCUGCGUAGGGAGGCCGUGCUGCUGGUGCCGGACGGAGUGGCGUGGUCCGGCGCGGGAGGUGCGGAACUGUUGCGGCGCCUGCAGGAGGAGCUGGGCCGAUCUUCGGGCAACGUGCGCAUGGUGGCGCUGCCCGUGCGGGGUGAUGUCCCCACGCGCUGCCUCGACCUCUCGGUGAGAGUGAGGGAGUGGACAGCGGAGUACCGGGCGCCCACGCGCGCUGACGAGUGUGAUGCUCUGACUGGUGAUGCCGUCAUCUUCAUCCGCACGCCGGACCUGCUCGGCGUAUCGCUCCCUUGGGCCCGGCCCCUGCACACGGCGCUGUUCCUGCAGACGGCGCUGCGGGGUUGGCGCGUGCGGCUGCUGCGCGACGUGGCGCCGCUCGCACGCCACCCCCUGCUGACCGACGCUCAUGCGCAGUGGAAGGCGAAGCAGCGGCGGCAGGCGCGGCUCGACGCGCUGCACCGGGACCUGGACAUCCGGCUGGUGCGCGACGCCGCGGGCCAGGAGACAUGGUUUGGCUGCAGCAAGAACACGGCGCGCUGCUUCGGCUCGGUGCUGGACGACACGCCCGAGUAUCUGCACCGCGGCCGCUGGACGCCGCCAUGCUGCCUGCGCGCCCUGCGCGCCACGGUGGCACGCGUUGUGGGCGAGCUGGAGCGCGCGGGGGUUCGCUACUGGCUCGAGGGUGGCAGCCUGCUCGGAGCCGCUCGCCACGGCGACAUUAUCCCUUGGGACUACGACGCGGAUCUCGGUCUGUACCGCGAUGACAUCACCAAGUGCGAGCUGCUCAAGCGGGCGGCAGCACUGGGCCCCGUGGAGGACGAGGAGGGGUUCGUGUGGGAGCGCGCGCGUGAGGGAGACUUCUACCGCGUGCACUACAGCCGCACCAACCGGCUGCACGUGGACCUGUGGCCCUUCCACUCCAGCUCGGGCACCAUGACCAAACUCACGUGGAUGCAGGGCCACCCGCAGGACCGCGAGUUCCCCGAACACUUCCUGCAGCCACUGGAGCGCAUGCAGUUUGCCGGAAUUCUGGCGUACGCUCCAAACAACCAUCGACGCUUCCUCGAGCUAAAGUUUGGCCCCGGAGUGAUUGAGAAUCCAGAAUACCCCAACCCAGCUAAAAAGAGACUGGAUCAGGACAGUGCAUGAUCAAGGCUGAAAGCGAUCAUCUCACACUCACCAAUGAGUGGAGUCCCUCUCUCGUGUGUGGAAUAUCUUGAGGUUAUAGAUUAUAAUUUGUUGUUGAUUAUAAUUUUGGUGUUAUAUUUUGACUUGUGGUUUCACUGUCAAUCCUUUUAGUGCCUAGAGACCUGCCGUGUAGGUACGGCGCUACGUCUAUCGUGUAUGAUGAUGAUAGUCAUUGUUUCUCAAGAAUUCAAACUCGGCAUUUACAAUUGCAUUUGCAUGGGUGAGAAUCUGGUUGACAAUGUUGCUUGUUUGGAUUGUAGGCAUUUAAUAACUUUUUAGUAAACACAGAGUGCUCUCUUAUUAAGAGUUGAACUUUGUGAUGGUUUUCUGGCCCUUGGGUUACAAUAACAAGCUAAACAUUUCCCUUAAAAGAUUGUUGUUGAACUCCAAAUCCAGUGAUUAAAAUUCCACAUUCCUAUGAUGGGUAUAUGUUUAUUCAAUGGUACAGUAAACCCUCGCGAUGCGCAAUUUCUGGAUUUGCAAGUUUGGAAUAUUGGCGAGUUACUAAAUAUUUACUAAUUCUCUAUUGGCUACUCGACGAACUCCAGGAUUUGCGAGUGUACGUGCCAGGCCACCGACAUCGGGGAGAUGCAUGCAGAAUGUUAGAUUUGAAACUGCGAAGAUUAGACACACCCCCUCGGCUGCCUGCGUUGUCCUCCGUCUCGUAGUAAUCCCGCUCUGAACUCACUACUGUAUUGUGCAUCUUAAAUGUGUACUCACAGUCCACUCGUACAUUUUGGUAUAAACGAGUUGUCCGCGGGACGGAUGUGGCUCACGAGCUAUCGUUUGGACGGCCAUUACAAACCGGGGCUUUCAUGAAAUGCCACAUUGGCACUGCUUGAAAGGCUGUAGAUGCCCGCUAAAGCUGGUGGCUGAUGAGGUCGUUUGUAGGAAGCAUGUUGUUUUAGUCGCCCUUUUAUAUGAAGGACAAUUAACAAGUUUAGUGCAGCCAGUUUAACUAAACUAUGUAAAACUAGGGUUAUUCCUCACAACGCAAAUUAUAACCAGGGUUAAGCAGGUACAUUUUUUUCCCUAUUCAAAAUUGUUACAUUUAACCAAUAUAUAAGCGGGGUGACCCAUCGGAUGUGCAGACUUGGUGUGUGGUUGCUGGUGUGUGCCAGUCUGCACCCUGCGCUGCAACGCAAGUCCGUCCUUGUCAUCGCUCCACAAUAUUACUCUCCGUCAGCCGUACGCAGCAGAAGAAGACCGCUCUUAUACCAAAACUUGGUUCGAGUGAUGAAAAUAUUGCUUGCCACGUUUUGCAUAAGAGCUGAUUGUUUCCCAUCAUGUUUGUAGCGAGCUGCAUCGUUGACAAAACGUUCGUGUCAGCUGUCACUGCAGCUCAUUCCACGAUUCACACUCCUCUCCAGCAUCAGCCUGGGCAGCUGACGUCCUCCGGCGAGUCGCGGGCGUGGAGAGCCCCGGGAGUCAAGUGUAUUGGCCACACUCGUCUGGUUUCCCACAUUUGUGUCUAAUCUCAGAUUUGGUUUAAAAACUGUGAAAUAAACGACCAGGGCUUGUGAAA